AUGGGAUAUGCUUUAAGUCCAGGAAUUCGACUGGAUAUUCUUCCCACUCUUCCAUAUCUUACAAAACAGUGCAAUAUGAACAAAAGUGUAAAGAAACUCAAGAAGAUUGUGAAAAACAUUAUAUCUGUGGAAGAAACACAAUUUUUAAAAAAUGAUUUAAUACCAGCCGGUUCAAUCUGUAACAUUAGUAUCCAUAACUUACACAGAACCCCAGAAUUUUGUUCGAAUCUCGAUGUUUUCAAUCCAGGUAAAUCUUUAAGAACGGAAAAUAUUAAAGAACGUAAUCUUUAUUCCUAUAUUCCAUUUAGUGCUGAGCCAAAAAACUAUAUCGGUCAGAAAUUCGCAUUGCUUCGACUCAAAAUCAUAGUAGCUUACAUAUUGCACAAUUUUUAUUUGAACCUGUGGAUGAACUGGAUGACGUUAAAAUUAUAG